CCUUUGUCACUGUGUUACCCUCCCGCAAUCCAGUAAAGGCUGGAGAUUGUCCUGAGCCCUCCUUUCAUUCCUAAUGUAAUUAUGGAAACAUUUUUAUUUGUCUUUUACAGCACUGGGUAAACUAACUUCCAGGCUUUGGCCUUUCUGAUUUUCUCCCUGCAUAACCCCUUGAAAGCUGUGUGGGCCUCUGGCCCCUUCUUCCAAAGGUCCUAAAUCCUAAACACUCUGGUUCCACGAGAGUUCCAUGACAGUUCCAGCUGAGUUCCACGCAGGCCCCGCUGGCCGGGCAGGGUGUGCCCAUGGAACCAUGGAGCCCUGGUGUCUGUGACAUCGGGGACACGGCCCCGGGCACGGCCGUGGCGGGGCGGGCGCUGCAGUGCGGCUCAGGGCAGCGGCCAUGGCUGGCAAGAUCGCCAAAAUCCUGCUGGUCCUGGCCAUCCUCCAGCACAGGCUGAGGGCAGAUGUCCAGGCAGUGAAGGUCACGGAAAAUGUUCUGACACAACACGAGGAACAGCGCAACCAGGAGAUGACUUGGCUGGCCAGAGCUGGAAGGAUUUCCAAAAUCCUGGUCCUGCUGGGCAUCUUCCAAUAUGUAGUGAGGGUGAAUCAACCAACAGUGAAAGUCACGGAAGAGCUGGUGAAGCAGCACGAGAAGGAGCGCAUUGUGGAGAUGGCCCGGCUGCUGUUGAUGGAAAAGCAGCGUGGUCUCACCCCGGGAAGAUUGCUCCUCCUGGCUUGUCAGGAGUGGUGGUUCUGGGUCGGCGCUGAAAUCCUCCUCGUGCUCUUUGGGCUCUACUGGCUGCCCAGGCAGAGCAGCUCCGACUGUGAUGAUGGCAGCCAGCAGGAAACCUCCACCAGUGCCCAGGAGCAGAUGAAGGAGGAGGAGAACAUCUGUGAGGAUAAUCCUGACUCUUAUGACGCGCCAGAGAAGCCCCCAGAUAAGAGCUGGCCAUGGUGGAGGAUAUUCUGGCGAGACACCCCUGUGGCCAAGGGGAACAGUGACCAGGAAAUGUGCUGUGCUACCUCCCCUCAUGGCUGAGGAUGCAAACAAGAGCUCAGAUCCCUGCUUCCUGUGCAGCCCCUGCAAAUAGCCCCAGUUGUGAUGCUCCCCCUGCCAGGAAGUGUGGAACCCUUUGUAAAUAUGUUCAUAAAAGCAUGUAUUUCUUUUAGUAAAUCUGUUUGAGCAAGA